AUGGCGGCUGUUGCUACGAAAGUGUAGCAAACAUUUUUGGCAAUUUUACGGAAUUUUCUUUGUCUGUACUCCCUGAAAAGCGAUGUCAUAGUUAUUAGUGACAGUAUGAGUAACAAACUUUCGAGCAAACCUUCUAGGAAGGAUCGCCCGCGAUCUACAGAUAAGAGUGCUAAAACCAAAAAGAGAGAUGGUGGUACACCUGACAAGAUGAGUUCACCAAUUGGUUCUGCUGUGCACAUUCCCGAUGAAUUAUGCACAGGACCAUCUGUUGGGAUGGUCAUAAGUGGAGAUGAUGUUGAUUCUCUUGCAAUCAAUGUAGAUGAAUUAAAAAAGGUCCAUCCUCCCAAAAGACCAGCAGUCCCAAAACCAUCAAGAACUCUUGUGGUGCGAAAGACACGACUCAAGCCCUCUGUGGAGCAGAACCAACCUGUGGGAAAGAGUAUGAUUGUUGCACGACCAGCUCCUCCAGAUGCACCUUUAGUAUCUACUCCCCUUAUUGGUACAACUGGUCCUGUUUUUGAUGAGGAUGGACAAGUUUUGACACACACCAUACUUGGAUCUUGGGAAGACUUUCAACAGGAAGCUAUUAAGAGAGGAGACAUUGAGAAUCUACCUCCUUUCUCUGGACACAAGGUAUUGGUUUGUGAUAUUCACUGUUAUCCUCUAUGUUUAAGAUAUAGCCCUUUUCCUGGUCACAGCUGUCUACAUGCUCAGAUAAUGGUUUUUCAUAUAAUCAAUCUUUUUGUCUUAAAUGAUCUCUUUCUGGUUUGCCCUCUGAAGAUCAAUGAAAGUAAUGCAUUGACAAACUGGCAGAGACAGAUGAUACAGAGGAAGAGACAACAACAUCAUCUGGCAAAUGCACUAAACACAUCAACAGAUAUGUUGGUAAUGAACCAAAGUGAAGAUUAUAGAGAAACACAAGAAGAUAGGUAUGCCAUUGAUAGAUCAAUCCCAUCAAUGGAUUAUGGAAAAGGAUAUCGUGUUGGUAGUGAGUUUUGGAAACAAGUGGAGCAAAUAGGAAAUGAUGAAACAGGAAUCAACAUGACUUUGACACAGACUGAGCGUGGCUAUCCACCUGCUAUUGAACACAUUGGAAAACCCAUAUGCAUCAAAAAUGAAAUGGGCAUAGAGUGGUCCAACACCCACCGGUCGGCAUCAGUGCACUACCCCUGGCAGAAGUCAACUUAUCUUCAAGAGAGAACUACACAGCUUCGCACUGUUUUAAAUGAGUUAGACCCUCACCAACCAUACAUUGAUGAUCUUGAAGUGAUUGGAACAAAUCAUCCUCAGCAUUCAUCCAAGUUUGACAUGAUGUCUAUAGUUCAGGAGGAAGAAGAAGAGGAGGAAAGUGAUGAGGCAAUGGAUGAAACUGCACUUCAAAGGGACCCUUUAGCAAAUAUUGCUGAUGUUGUACCUCAGCCAAUAUUUGGACCAUCAUUAUCAAUUGGUGGUUACACCGCACAGUGGAAUGGUCCAAGGUCAGGAGGCAGUGAGAAAGCAGGGGUGGCUUGCCGUGUGAUAUUUGAUGCCAGUGUUGGAGACAGGGUCACUUCUUAUUUAAAUAUCUGCAAUGAUGGAACAACUGCUGUAUACUUUUCUUGGAAGAAAAUACCACGGGCCAAUGUGUUGGGAACAAAGCUUGCAGGACAUGCUCAAAGGUUUUACUUUGACACCAAGAGUGGUGUGAUCUUACCAGGGGAUACUUUGAACUUUCCAUUCAUAUUCAAAUCUCCAAAUGCUGGGAUCUUCACUGAGACAUGGGAACUUAUGACAAGACCUACUCUGUGUGGUGGUGCUCCCAUGAGGAUCACUCUAAGAGGGGUAGCUUUAGAGGAGGACAUCUACAAGGAAGCCCGGCAGCAAAUUGAGGAUGAGUUGGCUCACAGAGAAGCAGUGGAAACUGCCACAAGACUUCUUGAAGAGAUCUUUAAUGGUGUUCAUACUCCUGAGAGAGCCAGGUCCCCAGUGGAUGCUUAUAUCACUGUGAGUUGUGUCAGUGAGGAGAUAGAUGCCUGGGACAGAAUGCAUUUCCAGGAUGAGGUUGUUGGGGAAUUGAAGCAGAUUUAUGCACAGCUUGGAGAUGAAGAGGAGUGGGACUUGGCUCUAGAGUCUCUUCAACAGAAAAUCAUGUGCAUUGACGAUGCUGACCAGCGUGAUAGCCUUCUCCAGACACUCAAUAGCUGUAUAUCAACCUUAUCAUUCCCUCCAAUGACUCCUAUUAAACAGGCCAUGUAUGCUGCAGGAUAUCAAUUACUUUGUGAGAUGGUGGACAGUAUUGUUGGACAGGCCAACAUGAUAAGAUCCAUUCUUGGUCUUCCUGAGAGAGAGCUUGUGGAGGAUACUUAACCAGAGGAAGCUGACAAAAGACUUCGUAAAGGAACAGUUUCUGAAAUAAAAGUCUCAGAAAGUCGAAAAGGAGAUAAGAAAGACAAGAGAGGAGGAAAGCUUACUGAAAUUGAUCGCCCAACUUCCACCCAACGCUCCAAGUUAUCAGCCAAAAAAUCAGGAAGAGGUACCAACACACCAUCCUCCCAGUCCAAAUCAGCUCUCAGCGAAGCUGCAGCAGAGAGGACUGGGACCCCAGUCAGUCUGGAGGGGUUAACAGUUGAAAAUUCUGUGGACCCUGUCUUAGAAGCAAAGUACAAAGAAAAACUUUUUACACAGACUUAUUCCCUUGUGGUGGAUACGUUUGAAAGAAUAGACUUGGUUUUUGAAGACAUAAAAACUGCAGAAUCAAGGUUGCCAAGUCUAGAGUAGGAUACAAGCUUGCUGCUCAGUUAUAUUUAACAUUCAAGCAGUCCAUUUUGUGCAUUAUCUACUGUAUGUCAGUCAAGUGACGUGUUUGAAGGGCAAUAAAAUACACCUGACAAAAUGAAA